AUGGCAUCUGUGUCUCCAGUAGGUCAACAGUCAGCUGAGAAUGUUAAUGCCCACAUAACAAUAUCACCGGGCACAUCAAAGACAAAGAAUCGAAGCAACUGUAGAAGUAUUUUAGCAAACAAAAAUGUAAUGUCGACAAGCAACUUUAACUCUAUAAACCCAUCAGCGGAUUUCAAGCUACCAGCUGAGAUUUUCGCUAGCGACGACUCUGUGAGUGAUGUGGCGGCUACAGAGGAAGUUCUACAGGAUCUGGUGUGUGAUCAGGUCGCCUCAGCCAAAGACAAGAUGUUAGGCGGUGUAAAUAUUAAAAUAGAGAAACCAUUGGACUGUAAGAAUGGAAAAAAGGCGAAAAAAUCAAAGGAUACCAACAAUACCUGCAGUUUGAACUUAGCGGACAUCAAGACUGAAUUGCAGGACGACUUUGAUUGGAACAAUAUGACACUCGCCACGGUUAAUAACUCUAAUAUUAACAGGCAGCAGGCUGUGUAUAGGAGAGAUAACUGCCAAAAUCGGGAAGAUAUAACUUCCCUCUUUGGAUCAAAUUCCAACAAGAACGAUAUCGACGAUCAUUUGGAUUCAAUGCAAACGGAUCUGGAUUCAUUGAAGGAGCUGUUGAGAGGUGAUACUUACGCGUUGGACACAAAUACGUUAUUAGGGAUUGAUGAAAGCAUAAGACCUACAGUUUCACACCAUACCAAACAGAAUCUUUUCGGAUCAGAUGAUCCUUUCUAUGGACUCUCUUACAAUCCGUCGAAUGACCGCGCUAAGACCUGCAGUGGUGCUAUGAAGCUGAAAGGUGAGGUAACGAAUGUAAGCGGUGACGACACACGCGCACAGAGCCCAUUCGAAGAUGACGCUGAAGGGAAUCAGUUAAUAUCGUAUACAGAGAAUAUUCCAGACUUUGAGGAUAUAAAUAUGCCGGAGUUGGAGGGCGAGAACUCUCAAGACUGCAUCCCGAGUCCCAGCAGCUCGACCUUGAAUACACCACAAGUACAGCUACAGUCACCAUCAUACACGAGACCAUGA